CCACCAUAGCUCAACCGAGCCAAUUCGACUCUAUUAAAAAUUAUUUUGACUAUUUUCCGGGGCUGAUCUAGGGAUGGUGACUACAGCAGUCCAGUUGUCGGUCGUCCAGCACAAUCGAUGUCUCUAUCCUCUGAUAACUGAUUACAACUUUGCAGUUUUUGCAGUAGAAUAAAUAGGUGGAAAAAAGCUUUAAAAGUAAAACUGAACUGCUCGUUUAUCCUUGAAAAAAUAAACAUAAAUAUGAGUAUAUUGGCAUACAAUGGUGGAGCUAUCAUAGCUAUGAAAGGUAAAAAAUGUGUAGCUAUAGCAUCUGAUUGUAGAUUUGGUGUACAAGGGCAAACUAUAUCUUGUGACUUUCAAAAAAUUUAUGAGAUGGGCCCUCAUUUAUAUCUUGGAUUGCCUGGACUUGCAACUGAUAGUCAAACUGUUAUGGAAAGACUGCGUUUCAGAUUAAAUCUUUAUGAAUUAAAAGAAAAUAGAAAAAUACAUCCUGAAAUUUUUGGAUCAAUGAUAUCAAAUCUUUUAUAUGAAAGAAGGUUUGGGCCAUACUUUGUCGAACCAAUAGUUGCUGGAUUAAAUCCAGAUACAUAUGAACCAUUCAUUUGCAACAUGGAUUCAAUAGGUUGUUUGAGUUUACCAAAAGAUUUUGUUGUUGGUGGUACUUGUAUGGAACAAUUAUAUGGCAUGUGUGAAGCUCUAUAUACGCCUAAUUUAGAAGCAGAUGCUUUGUUUGAAACUAUUAGUCAAGCACUAGUUAAUGCUUGCGAUAGAGAUGCUAUAUCGGGUUGGGGUGCUGUUGUCUAUAUUAUAGAAAAAGAUAAAAUUACUCUAAAAUCAAUUAAGACAAGAAUGGAUUAAAUAUUUUCAUAAUAAUGUUUCAUAAUAUUAUGAUUUGAAUAUAAUAAUAAUGAAAGAAAAUACAUGUAAUUUAAACAUGGCAAUGAAUCAAAUAAAUUAUCUUUUCAUGAAAGUAUACCAAUUUU